AUUCACUGCUCAAAUUUCCAAGUCAAGUCGUCAACGCCUUUCCCUCUCUCCAUUGUCCAUACUCUCUUUCUCUCUCCUCCAUAUUCACACACACACACCCGACGCCGUAUGCGUAUCCAUUCUCUCUCCUCAACCUCCCUUUGACUUCCUCUUACUCCACCAUCUUCAAUGUCGUCGAUUUCCAAUCUCUAACAUUCACAUGACAACCACCUCCACAACAAUGGUGAUCGAUUCUCGCACCGCUUUCUCCGAUUCCAACGACAUCAGCAAUGGCAGUAGCAUCUGCUGCGUCGCCGCAACAACAACUACAACAACAACCGCCGCAGAAAACUCUCUCUCCUUUACUCCCGACGCCGCCGCUCUUCUCCGCCUCUCUGAAAACCUCGACUCGCUUUUCCAACCCUCGCUUUCUCUCUCCGACUCCGACUCUUUCGCCGACGCUAAAAUCGUCGUUUCCGGUGAUUCGCGUGAAGUCGCCGUUCAUCGGUGUGUUCUCUCGUCUCGGAGCUCGUUCUUUCGGUCCGCUUUUGCUUCGAAACGAGAGAAGGAGAAGGAGAGGGAUAAAGAGAGAGUGGUGAAGCUUGAGCUUAAGGAUUUAGCUGGUGAUUUUGAGGUUGGAUUUGAUUCGGUUGUUGCGGUUUUAGGUUAUUUGUAUAGUGGCAAAGUUAGGAAUUUGCCUAGAGGAAUUUGUGUUUGUGUUGAUGAGGAUUGCUCUCAUGAAGCUUGUCGUCCUGCUGUUGAUUUUGUUGUUGAGGUUCUCUAUUUGUCUCACAAAUUCGAGAUUGUCGAAUUGGUUUCGCUUUAUCAGAGGCACCUACUGGAUAUUCUUGACAAGAUUGCACCAGAUGACGUUCUAGUAGUGUUAUCUGUCGCUGAGAUGUGUGGAAAUGCGUGUGACGGAUUGCUGGCAAGGUGUAUUGACAAGAUUGUGAGGUCCGAUAUUGACGUAACCACCAUUGAUAAAUCCUUGCCGCAGAAUGUUGUGAAACAGAUAAUCGACACGCGAAAGGAACUUGGGUUUACUGAACCUGGGCGUGUUGAGUUUCCUGAUAAGCAUGUGAAGAGAAUACACAGAGCUUUGGAAUCCGAUGAUGUAGAGUUAGUCAGAAUGCUUUUAAAAGAGCGCCAUACAACUCUAGAUGAUGCAUAUGCCCUUCACUAUGCUGUGGCACAUUGUGAUGCCAAGACCACCACGGAGCUUCUUGAGCUUGGGCUUGCAGAUGUUAAUCUUAGAAAUCUAAGGGGUCACACUGUGCUACAUGUGGCAGCCAUGAGAAAAGAGCCUAAGAUAAUUGUAUCCUUGUUAACCAAGGGAGCCCAUCCGUCUGAUAUAACAUCAGAUGAUAAAAAAGCACUGCAGAUAGCAAAGAGACUAACAAAAGCUGUGGACUUCUAUAAAACUACAGAACAAGGAAAAGAUGCACCAAAGGAUCGGUUGUGCAUUGAAAUACUGGAGCAAGCUGAAAGAAGAGAACCAUUGCUAGGAGAAGGUUCUGUUUCUCUUGCAAAGGCAGGAGAUGAUCUGCGUAUGAAGCUAUUAUAUCUUGAAAAUAGAGUUGCACUUGCUCGGUUGCUCUUUCCAAUGGAAGCGAAAGUGGCUAUGGAUAUUGCUCAAGUGGACGGAACUUCUGAAUUCACAUUGUCAAAGAAUAUAGCUGAUGCACGAAGAAAUGCGGUGGACUUGAAUGAGGCUCCCUUUAUAUUGAAAGAGGAGCAUUUGCAGAGGAUGAAAGCACUGUCUAAAACUGUUGAGCUUGGCAAGCGUUUCUUUCCACGCUGCUCCGAUGUUCUUAAUAAGAUUAUGGACGCCGAAGAUCUAUCACAGCUUGCAUUUUUAGGAAAAGAUACUCCAGAGGAACGGCAAAGGAAGAGAAAACGAUACCUUGAACUGCAAGACGCUUUAACUAAGGCUUUUACAGAGGACAAAGAAGAGUUUGACCGUUCUACAUUAUCAUCAUCGUCGUCGUCGACUCCAAUGGGGAGGCCAUAUGGUAAGACCAAUUUCAAGAGGUAACUCCUUAGCAGCUCAAAGUUGCAUACGACGUCACUUGUAUAAUAUUCAUGUAUAUGUAUGAAAAUUUCUUUUUGUUCUCCCCUUCUAUUGAUGGCCACGGUUUCGAUCUUUUUGGUCUGUAUUAUAAUUUUUGACCGAUUACUUGAUAGAAUUGUAUUCUAUACAUCUUUAUAAGCUCAUAGUAACACCAGAUUUAGGUACUAUCCGUUGGAGACACAUACUCUUGUGUGCGAUGAUGAAUCAAUCAUCAGAUUACAUUACACGAGCCAUUUCCUGCCAUAUUGUAAUUCAUGUAUCAAGGUACAAAUAAAUAGCGUCGUGGGGUUGCACCUCUUGCAUUAUCGUCUCUUUUUGUAUUCUCGAUCCCCUCCUCUCCCACCGCUUUCCCCACACCCAACUAGUAAAGAGGGAGAGAAUAUUGUAAUUAAUUUUUUUGUUGUUGUAUCUGUAGUCAGAUAUUAUGAUCUUGGUGAAUCUUUGAAUUGUUAUCAUCGUAUUAGAGCUUAGACUUUA